AUGGACGCAUCACACAACCAUUCACCCCCCACUCUGGAUGGUGAUAAGGUUCUACUCAUUGAUUCACUGCCUGCAUUCACCCAGGACGUGAUCAUCGCCAGACCUGCUUCACCACAAGCACAAGCCUUUCGCUGGCUCGCCAAUGACACGUCCGUGCCGACCUAUCCGAGAUGGAGAAUCCAACAGCGCUAUGCAUUGAUAACUCUAUACUACGCCACUGCAGACUCGGGAACUCAACGGGUGGAGGGAGGCUUCUUCCUGGACUCUACUCUACAUGAAUGCGAAUGGCUCACCACGAGAGAUCCCUGUAUUGGCAUCUUCCAGGCGGACAAUCAAACCGGAGUCUUCCGCCAUCUGCAUCUCGAGUCCCAUCAACUUGCAGGUACCAUUCCAGAAGAGAUUGCACUCUUUACUUCUCUGCAAACCUUGAAUCUCGGGCAAAACCUUCUCACGGGGCCCUUGCCUACCACUCUAGGGCUAUUGACGUUGUUGGAAACGUUGCAACUUCAUCGGAACCGUCUUACGUCAACCUUGCCCUCCGAGUUGGGUGCUCUCAUGAGCCUGAAGGAGUUGCAUCUCGCCGGGAACUUGUUUUCGGGACCUAUUCCGUGGCAACUUGGCAACCUUGGUUCUCUCCAACAGGUACUUCUGGAGGAUGCUCUCCUUUCUGGUGGGAUCCCUGCUGAGCUGGGUUCAAUCCCAUCACUCUUCCUCUUGUGGUUAGGGCGCAAUCUCUUGACUUCGUGGAUCCCCUCUGAGCUCGGCAAUGCAACCUCGUUGAUUGAGUUGUCUCUUUAUGACAACUUGCUCAGUUCUACAAUUCCUACUGAGAUUGGCAAGCUCGAAAAUGUGGAUGCCUUGUGGUUGCACUCGAAUCAGCUUACGAGUUCCAUCCCUCAAGAAAUGGCUAGACUAGCGAGAUUUGCCCUCAAUCGCGUGAGCAUUGUGAACACCAGCAUCACAGGGGAAAUCCCAGCAGAUUUCUGCGGUUUGGCUCGCAUGGAGUUCACAUGCACGGCCCUUCUCUGUGGGUGCAAUUGUGGUUGUACAGUCAAUGAAGGCGACUUUGUCGACGCACACAAUCAAUCCAUGCGAGACGACGUAGAAAAGGCAAUCAACUUGAACCAAAACAGUCCACCUGGACAAUGA